ACAUGGCAGUGGUACGUCUGCAAUGGCUAGGUGUAGGCUUGCUGCCCAUGACAAGUGCGUGGCCAAUCGCUACAAGCCUGGUGUAGCGCCACCAAAAGCUUAAAGGUCGCUAACUUGGGCCUGCAAGGACCGGCACCCUCGAAAAAAAAAGACCCUGUACAACAGCAGUGGCUUUGACUACGCCCAAAAACGCAAAAUCAUCUUACGAUGCAUCUCCUUUUUCGAGCCUUAUUCCCGACAACGACAACAAAACACCAACCACCUUCUCGCGCUCCUGUUCCGACCAACACCCUUGCUUCAGCGCCUUACACCAUUUCCAUCCGCUCUCCCAACAAAAACUGGCUGCAAGGAACAUCCCCAAUCCGCUCUCGUCCAAUCAAUAUCCGACCACCUCAAGCCUUCUGUCGUGCGAACCUGUGCUACCCUGAUGUUGCCGCUACACACAGGGACGAAGCAUAUUUCCCACAGACCUUUUGUACUGGCCACAAACACCAAGCCUUUUUUGCCUAGGCGCCGUCGUAGGCACCUUGUCAUGCAAC